CUCACCGCCAGUCCACUAGGUGGUAGUACUGUAUCUUUCAGCUGCACUGUCAUGGUUUACGUUUGAGUAGGGAAAACUGAUGAAUUCAAGCACCGUGCAGGUUUGAGAUGUGGUUGUUCUGUCGACUGUGACAGGAUGAUCAAGUUCGUGCUGAUGGUGAACCAGCAGGGCCAGACCAGACUGUCCAAAUACUACGAGCCCGUGGAGCUGAGCAGGAGAGCGGCGCUGGAGACGGUGGCUGUUCGCUGUUGCCUGAGCCGCAGCAAACAUCAGUGUUCCUUUGUGGAGUACAAAGACUUUAAGCUGGUGUACCGUCAGUAUGCUGCCCUGUAUGUUGUGGUGGGAAUCACACACAGUGAGAAUGAGCUAUCCAUCUAUGAGCUGAUCCAGAACUUUGUGGAGGUUUUAGAUAAAUACUUCAGCCGUGUGAGUGAACUGGAUAUCAUGUUUAACCUGGACUCUGUUCACAUCAUUCUGGAUGAGAUGAUUCAGAAUGGCCACAUUGUGGAAACAAACAAGAGCCGCAUCCUUGCUCCACUCACCGCCAUUGACAAGAUGGCAGAUGGGUAAUGCAAUCAGGAAAUGAUGUCACAGACUGUUGCAUCACACUAGGAAAUAUUGGACUGGUGUUUUUGGAAAGCAAACUGCUGGGAAGUCUCUGUAGACUCUGUAGAAACAUUUAUUUUACACUUUAUUUGUGAUCUUACAACAUGAAAAUAAACACAACAACAUUAAUACAACCUGUCACCCAAUUACUUUUCAUAUUGGGAUAAACAACAAACAGGACCACAACAGAAGUUUAGUAAACUCCACAUGUUUACACUUGUAAUGAUGGUUGGAGAGAAAAGGCUUUUUUUCAUUUGGCAUUCCACUAAAUAACCAGUUGGCAUGUAGAUGGAGUCUGAUGGUUGUCAUUUAGAGUUGAUGACCCUAAGAACCUACUGUGGAACUACUUUGGAGGAAUGUUUUUACCCCCCCUUACCAUCCUCCUCACUGUAAAUAGAGGCAAGAUAAACAAGACAAACUAAGCUUGAAUGGAUUCUGACAAAAUGACCUGAUUCUCACCAGGGUUAGAGGUGAAGUACUAUCUCAGAGUCACCAUGUCUUUAGUGAACUUUUAAACUGAGCCCAAAUCUGGAACAGUGUGUGGAAGAAAAAAAAAAAAAAAGAAACCCAGUCGGUAGGGUAUUAGGGGGAAAAAAUUUUUCUAAACUCUCUAACCAUAUACAGACCUUAGGGGUCCAGGGGGUACACACUGAUUUGGAUGUAAUUUGAUGAGCAUGCAGACUGGUGAUGGGUAAGGAAGAGCUGGCACCAGAAGGUACACAAAGAGGUGUGAUGGCCUUACAGGGGUCGACCCAAACAGAGGCUGGACCGUGUUCCAGUUCCAGGCAAUGUGGGUCAGCUCCCUGUGGCACUCCAGGAGGAAUGGAAUAACAUUCCGCAGGCCACCAUAGACAAUCUGAUCAACUCCAUACGAAGAAGAUGUGUUGCUCUGAGAGACGGAGCUGGCGGACACACAAGAUACUGAAAAAUCAAAUUCCUCAACCUGACCCCUAUCAUGUUCAAAGGACUGUCAAUCUGCUACAAAUGGCCAUACCACGAUGUUAUCAAUGCUGAUAUAAAGAUCGGUAAUUACUGAAAAUAUAUUUUGAAUUUCUCUAUAUAUUGCGUAAUCCAAAUGUUAAUAAAACUCUUAUUUUUGA